AAUUAAAAACUCAACAGAAAAUGCACUGGAUAGAGACUGAUGAUUUUAAACAAUGCCAGAAUACCGUUUACCAGAAGUUACAUCAGACUUGUUAUCAAGGAACAAACACAGGUGACAGGCUGUAUGAAUGUAGGACAACCUUUAUCUCUAAGUCACACGUCACUAAUCAUCAGGGAACUCAAGCAGGUUAUAAGCCAUAUGAAUGUAGCAAAUGUGGGAAAGCUUUCCUGUCCAAGUCACAUCUUAAUAAGCCAUAUGAAUGUCCUGCAUGUGGAAAAGCCUGCAUUACAAACUCAGAUCCUAAUAAGCAUCAGAGAAAUCAGACAUAUGAGAUCCCUUAUGAAUGCAUUGAAUGUGGGAAAACUUUCAUCUCCAUGUCACAACUUACUAAUCAUCAGAUAACUCACACAGAAGAGAAAUCAUAUGAAUGUACUGAAUUCGGAAAAGGCUUCAUCCACAAGUCACAGUUAAAUAAUCAUCAUAGAACUCACUCAGGUGAGAAACCAUAUAAAUGCACUGAAUGCGGAAAAGGCUUCCUCUAUAAGUCAGUUCUUACUACGCAUCAGAGAACUCACACAGGUGAGAAGCCAUAUGAAUGUACUGACUGUGGGAAAGCUUUCAUCAGGAAGUCACAUCUUAUCACGCAUCAGAGAACGCACACAGGUGAGAAACCAUAUGAAUGUCCUGAAUGUGGGAGAGCCUUCAUCUCCAAGUCACAGCUCACUAAUCAUCAGAGGACUCACAAAGGUGAGAGACCAUAUAAAUGUAUUCAAUGUGAAAAAAGCUUCAUCCGCAAGACAAAUCUUACAAAUCAUCAGAGAAUUCACACAG